CUGUCAUGUCACCACAGGCUGUCAGUUUAUGCCCGUACUAAAUCAAAAAUAAUUCGGCCGCAACACGCUGCCAUGCACAAAAUCAAGACUUUCAGAUCUUGAAAUGCAGUGAUAAUCCCAACAAAAACAUUUUAUUUUGAAUUUCAAAAUCCUACAAACCAUUUUGGGUACAAAAUUAUUUAUUCGGAAUUCACAGUACGGGCAUAGCGGACGGCAUCCAACGAACUGUUAAUAAGCUUUAUAAGCGUAGCCAAUAAUCUUGUAAUCAAGAUAUAGGCUGAAUCAGUUGACAAAGAAACGAGUUAAAAAUGGAGAACCUAACCGUUUUGUCGUUCAGGAAAUUUGAGGACAUCAAACGCCUCGCUAGACACUUUCAAAAUGUUGUCAACCACCCACUCACGCAACAGAACAAAGUACUACAUUCUUAUCUAAGGAAUCUAGACGAAACGCACAAGAAUAUAUAUUUACAAAAACGCGAUUACGUUGAGGUUGAAUAUAUUUUUACGACUGAGAAAAAGAGCAGUUUGCAAAGGCAAAGAUUUAAUAGUCUUCCUGUUAGUGAAGUUCCUGAACUAUUGAAAGCUGAACUCUUCACGUCAGAUGACGCUAAGCAAGUCCAUAUAUGCACUGAUUGCAAUAUUGAGAUUGAAUUAAAUGACGAAGAACCGCUUAUGGAAUCUUUACAACGCCAUUUUAAUUCUGAUGCCCAUCUGCCUAAGUUGAGGCGGGAAAGCAUGGAUGUGGCCGAGCCUAUAAUUUUGCCGAACAUGUCCCGUCGUCUAUCCGCUAUGGCAGAGCUGCCGUUACCCAAAAUAAAAGAGCUCACGAUCACAAAGCCUGUAGAGAAAUUGGAAAAGAAUUUCUCGUCAAAACUUAGCACUUCGUUGAUGAAGAUACUCCCAGACGCUUCCGAAGCCAGUGUGGAUGCCGCUUUAAAGUUCUAUCAAGAGUUAUAUGACAAACUUUGCUCUGAUGUCUCCAAUAUUGACUUUUCGACUCAAACGUCCUCCGUUGCUCCGAUUAUAAUGAGCAUUAAAGACAAUGUCUACCAGAAUUUUGCUGGAGACGCAAAUAAGAACAUUGACAAUGAUGAGAACGAUCAAGCCGCCGAGAAACCGAAAAACCAAGUGAAGAAAUAUCGUUACUAUGGUCCCAUUGAAGCUUCGAUUGUAAAACUUCUUGUCAACCAUAAACUUUUGUCGUUAAUUGAUGAUCGGACUGGUAAAUUGGCAUUUUUCUGCAUAGCUUGUGAGUAUUACACGCUGAGGUUUCAUUACGACAGUGUUUUGAACCAUGUGUUUAGUGAGACUCAUGUCCACAAUCUAUCCUGCAUCCUACAGUCUGAUAAAAGCAUUUCUUUCUCCAUGACUGAACCAACUAUAGAGAAAAUUAAAGAGAUGAAUGAAAAGUUCCUUUUGAGCCACGAUAUUGUUUUUACCCCGAUCGGCUUGAAUUGUAGGCUGUGUGCCACUCCGAUCGAGUCUGUGGAAGCUUCGAUUUUGCAUAUACUCGAUGAGAAACACUUGGCCAGGUUGUCUGACGAGUUGUACCUUCGUAUGAAGGAAGCUGACCCGGAAGGUGCUAUCCCUGAAGAAUGGGGUCCUAAAGACUUAAAUUGGAGUAAGUACUUAGCGAGCGUUGGCAAACCGCACAACAAUCGGGACCACGUGGUCAUUGAAAACUUUAUUAAACCCUCGGGAAAGAUUGGAAACUAUUGUACCUGUUGCGAUAUGACUUUAAAGGGACCUAGACAAGUCCUUUUUAACCACAUCCGUCAGAAAAAGCAUUUGAGGAACGCUGCGCCUCGUAAACUGUCGAUGCUCUACAAAAACCACUGCAGACCCUCUGAAUAUUACGCUAGCUUCGGAAAUUUCUACAUUUGCACCAUUUGCCCUGAGUUCGUAGCGACGCCUUCGAUUUCCGCGAUGGUCGAACACUUCGAAAGCGCUUCCCAUUUCGAUACCAUUGCUAAACUGAUCCGAUCAGCCCUCUACAACCAGCCAGACAUGCAAAUUUUGUCAGCGAACAAAAUUACCGCUGAUUUGAAAUGCGAAGUGUGCAAAACAUCAUUCCAUGAUAAAUCUGAAGCUGUGAAACAUAUUUUAAGUAGCAUUGAUCAUGAAACAGCGGUGGCUGAAGCGAAGAUCAGUUUUAAUAAGGGAGAUAUCAUCAGCGUUUAUAUGAAAGGCAAUCAUAUUCUGCAUAGCGAAGGAGCUACUUUUACUUGCAUUGAUUGUAAGGGUGUUUUCAAUUCCAUACGAUCGUUACUAACCCAUUUGGUGUACGCUGGACAUUUUAAGGAGAAGCCAGCUAUUGAGGGGGUCUUCCGUUUUUAUUUGGAGUUGAAGCAUAAUAUAAAUAUGUUGGCGCGUAAUAAGUAUGUGUAUUAUCAAUUUGGAAGUUUGAAAUGUGGUGUGUGUGAUGCGGACCUUGAAGAAGGGGAGACCGCGAAAAAGCAUGUUGUUUCGACGCGUCAUAGAGAGAAUAUGGGGGCCAGCUAUGUUAGUAUAGAUACGUCCGCUGUUGAAUAAGAUGUCGCCUGUUGUGUUUAAUGUGACAAACUGAUGUUAAUAUGAAGAAUCAUGAGUUUAAGUGUAAUUACGAUGA